AUGGCCAAAAAGGACGCUUCCAAGAAGGCUGCUGCCGCUGCACAGGCUGCCGUGGCGGCUCAGAACACAGAGGACGACGGCGUUACGGCUCCUAAAACAUCCAAGGGUGGAUCCCAGAAACUGGUUUUUGGCUCGCUCAACGACGUGGUGGGCGCUGUUCAGGCUACUUAUAAGGACUACCACGAGACAUUGACGCCUAGAUUGAAGUUGAUCGAUACGCUAUUGGUGUUUCUUGUGGCGUUGGGCGUUUUGCAGUUUGUGUAUGUGUUGCUUAUAGGCAAUUUCCCAUUCAAUGCGUUCUUGGGUGGGUUUAUUUCAUGUGUGGGCCAGUUUGUGCUUACGGUGAGUUUGAGGUUCCAGUAUGCCACCGCCGACAAGGAUCGGGCGUCGAGUGUGUUCAAAUUGAUUUCGCCCGAGGUGGCGUUUGGCGAGUAUGUGUUUGCCAGUUUGAUCUUGCACUUUAUCGUGUUCCACUUUAUCAACUAA